AUGGACGAAGUAUUGAUAGAGGCACCUCAUGUCGUACAGACGAUGGAAGCGAUUCUCUCGCGCGAGAACUAUAUCUACGAGAGUCAAGAGAUGGACAACAUGACCCUGCUCAGGGCGCGUUUCCAAGAGAGGUACACCAUUACCUUCUCCUGCAUGCAGGAGAACUCGGUUCGCAGCACAAUGAGGGCAAUCCUAAGCGACAAAAUCGAAAGCCAGCGACAGCGGAGCGUGGCGGCGACGUACAUUGCCAAGGCCAACUUUCGUCUCAACGUUGGACAAUUUCGGAUUGAUCUGACGGACGGCGAGGUGGUUUUCCACUCCACUCAGCCGCUCAAGGGGAUGACUCUCGGGGAUUGCAUCCCCCUACUUCACUCGUGGUUCAAAGCGUUCAUGGCCACUUUUGCCGUCUAUCGCCAUGGCAUGAAGGCCCUCAUCGAAGGACGGAGCCUUGAGGCAGCAGAGGGGGUCGUGGACCAAACGUUGUCCUCAAUACGCGGUGGAUCUAGCUCCUCGCCUUCAGAAGGGAAGGAGGAACAUGCGCUUGGCAGGACUCGGGCUGACUUGAGCUUUUCGCAGCAAACAAACCCUGCGGCGCCGACGGCGAAGAUAACGUCGGCAUUCGUCACGCAGGCGAUGGAAGACAUCUUCAAGGGCAGGGAGUACGUCUACGAAGUGAUACAGUCCGACUCCUCCGUCACCACGCUGAAAGCGAAGUUCACGGGAGGGUACACGGUACGGUUCAUGUGCAAACCGGGGAACAACAUUCGCAGCACUAUGCUCGCAGUCCUCGAAGACAAGGUUGGCGACGAACGACAGCGGAGCGUCGUCGCGACGUACUUUGCCCAGGUUAACUUUAAUCUCAACAACGGAAAGUUCGAGCUCGACAUGCGUGACGGCGAGGUGAUGUACAACUGCACCCUGCCUCUUGAGGGAAUGACGCAAUCAGACUGCACUCAUCUUCUUCGAUCAUGGUUCUCGGUGUUCAUGGCCACUUUCUACGUCUACAUGCCCGGACUGAAACUCAUCAUCGGGGGAGGGAGCAUCGAAGACGCGAACGCGGCCAAAGCCAGGCUGUUGGAAGAGGAACGCGGCGGCGGUAGCUCUCGUCGCCCGGCACCCGAACCCGAACCCGUCUCGUCGUCGUCGUCUUUUUCUUCUUCUUCGACGACGACGACGACGCCGACGCCGACGCCCGCUCCGGUUCCCCAACCUUCGCCGGUGCGACCUUCACGGGCGGCCGAGAACUCCGUCGCCGCCAAGGCAUUCAAGGACCUGCUGCUCGAACGCGGGGACUGCUGCUCGCUGGAAUCGGACGUCGAGGGUGCCUCGCACGUGGUGCAGGGCGUGUACGACUACAAGGGUGCUACGGCCGUGAUCUGGGCCUGCGACAAGACGGACGAGAAGAUGCUGGAGGUCCGGGUCUUCAUGGUGGAUGCCGUUCCCCGGCACCGAGUGGAGCCCCUGUCACGACUCAUCGAAAAAGUGAACACCAACAGCGCCGUCGGGGGCUUCAAGCUCGAUGAGGAGAACGGACGGCUGUACUACGGGUACAGCGUUCCGUACGGUGGUCUAACGGAUGGUCAGCUCACGGUCCUCGUCAGGGGAAAGUCCCUCCAGCUUUGCCUUGGGACCCACCUGGAAUUCCUCCCGUCGAUUAAAGCCGUCAUUCACGACAGCGCUCCCGUCCCCCCCUCCGUCGACAUGAUCCGGUCUACGUACCACACGACGAGGGACAACCCGGAGUCCGACUUCCACAAGAACGAGCUGGUGCCGUCCCGGCACGAAGGCCCUUCGGCUGCCACCAUGCCGGGUGUAAAUCGCCAUCGCCCCCGACCGCCGCCACCCGCCUACGGGUUCGGGACGGCCCCGAGUUCGCGGGACGUCAAGGACGCCGCGGGGGUGAUGCCGCGCGUGCCGCAGCUGGCGGUCGAAGACCUGGACUUUCAGGACGAGUCGGGCAGGGGUGGCAUGGGGUUCGUGAGGAAAGCGGUGUACCGGAAGGGCGCCGAGGUGGCGGUGAAAGAACUCCUGCCAAGCCUGGCGAAGGACGACUACGACCUGUUCAUGGUGGGCGUCACUCAAAGGAGCAAGUCCGACCGCGCGCUGCGGCUUGUGACGGACUGGUGCAACGGCGGUUCCCUGCAGACCCUGCUCAACGACGCGUUUGGUGGAGACGAAAUGGAGGUUAUCACCUACGGUGACGCGUUGAAGUAUGCUCGCCACAUCGCCGCGGGGGUUGACCACCUUCACCGGCACAAGCUCCUUCACCUCGACCUCAAGCCCGGCAAUGUCAUGCUCGACAGAGCCGGCGGCGGGGGCAAAGCGAAGCUGACGGACUUCGGCCUGGCCAAGAUCAUCUCGAACGGUACCCAAACAUCCAACCGCACGCUAGGCGGAACAUUCGGUUUCAUGGCGCCUGAGGUCAUCGAGCCAGGAAAAUUCACGAAGGAAUUGAGGAGCGGCCCUCACACCGACGUCUUCGCGUUGGGCGUUACCGUCUUCCUGCUGUUCACCGGCUACCACCGCCCCUACAAGCCCGAUGUUUCUGGCCAUGCUAUCAACCAGGAGGUGUGCCGGGGUCUCCGCCCCGAAUUUCCCGCCGGGUUUUCCUGGCCUGGAGGAAGCCCCGUAACUGAGCGGGUCCAGAACCUCAUCCAGGGGUGCUGGGCGAACGACCCGGAGAAGCGUCCAGCGGUGGACCAUAUUCUCAACACCCUCUACCAGAUAGAAUCCAUGGUCAAGGACGCCGACGGCAUGGAGCGAGCAAUCUCUCCGCAGACCCUGCCAAUCGUAUCCUCAUUCAGGUUGUGAUACGAGCAGGCCCGUGGCAUGGUUGCUCGUAGAGAGGCAAGGUUUUGGUGCUAUAUGUAACAUACGCAAUGCAUGACACAGCGAGCAGCACGCGAAAAGCUAUUAAAAAGGUGGAUUGUUGAUCACGCCGCUAGCCCGCUCAUCUGCCGUGUGACACUCGGCAUGACCGUACAGUAGUACUAUUUCUCGCUCGCUGGCCCAUCUACAUGUGAAGUCUGGCGCGGCAGCGAGGCGGUUUUUUUCCCUCUGCGUUUCGUACAUCACCGUAGUAUAAUAAGCGCCAUUGAAAGAGUUGGGGUUCUCGGGAGAACGGGAGCCCUACGCAUAAGAGAGUUAAUUCAAGUGCAUGUUGUCCCUGCCGAGACGUUGGAUAUUAGGGGAGAAACCGAGGUACCGAGGUUGAGAUUUUCUUUGCGGCGAAGGGCAGGCGGAGUGUGAACGUUAGUAAAUAGCAGUAUCGGCUCUAUGCUAGAUAGAGCUGGGGUUGGGCCUCCAGCCUCGACAUGUUGUGCUGAUUGUGGUUGACUUGUCCGGCGUCCAGGGUAGUACGUACGAUGAUGUGCAGGAUAGUGAUUUGCGGGUAUGUUUGUGCCGCUACUACCGCGAUGAUGAUGUUGAUGAUUAUGAUAUGCUCCUCCGGUGUGGGCAGGCUUUGUUGAACUUGAUGUGUGGGCUUGCGUCUUCCUCUUCGGUACUGAACGAAGCAUGCUACUACCCAGGAUGCGUGACAGCGACAUACGUUGUCAGCCCCCCCCGAUGCUCGUAUGUCGAAUGUUUGUUACUGAUUAUCUUGCCGCCCCCACCCUACUACAUACCCCCCCCCAUACAUACUUAAAAGUUGAAGUAGGAUAGAACCCCAGCAGUGUGAGGUGAUACAAGUAGCAGAGAAACAUGAGUGCGAGUGAGGAGGGCAAAAGCGUGAGCAGGAAGACCUUGUAUCGAGCUUCGUUUGCGCUUGACCGCGCUGUGUACACCCAUCUAUACCGUAUUCUAUUCCCUUCAAUACAUGAAUACGUAUUUUUCCUUCCUCCCUAUAUUGAUCAUGGCCUUUCCGUCCUCUUUUCCCAUGUUUUCCUGUUCUUCUCCUUGGUUCGUUACGGUAUUACCUUUUCUCGUAUCCCCUUCUAUUUCUCGGACUGUUGUGGUUGUCGUGUUGUCUGCUUU